GAGAACUUCUCAAGAGCUUUGAGAGCCACACACAGAUCAGAAUCACAGCAGACGCUCUCCAGACUCACAUUAGACAACUCAGUUUCAGGUGGUUUGUUCAUCAUGUCUUACGGCGGAUCAGGUUCAGGUUCUCGAGGUGAAUUCAGUGUUCAUUUCUCCAGCAGAGGUGGAGCAGGACUCAUCAGAGCUGAAGAGGCCGCAGGAAUCGCUUUACUGGCCGUGAUCCUCACAGCGCUGCUCAUCCUGGGCUGCUGGUAUUACCGUCGACGGGGCGGAUACAAGAUGAUCCGGAGCGGGAGAAACAGCGGUCAGUCGUGGAGAGAGAUGAUGAGAGCGGGUCAGUACAGCGAGUCUGGAUCAGGAGAGGAGAACAAACUAGCCUUGAACGAAUUCAGCAACCCGCAACCAGCGAUUCCAAACGCUCCUCCGGCCUAUGAUAAGAUCGCCUCCAGACCCUCACCUCCUCCUUACUCACCAUAAGACGCUCAUGUUUGUGGGAUGAGCGGUCACACAGCGAUGGUGGCCAGCGUCGGUCCUGGAGAGCCUCAGUCCUGCAGCGUUUAGCUCCAACCUUAAUUAAAUCUCACCUGCCUGUAGCUUUCUAUUAACCCUUGGACCCUGAUUAGCUUCUUCAGGUGUGUUUGAUUAGGUUUGGAGCCGAACUCUGCAGGACUGUGGCUAUCCAGGACCAACGCCGGCCUUUUUCUGGUAUACAGGAAUCUUACCAAAGCAUGUGGACUAUUAACAUCUGACACUACAGUGCCUUUUAAACACAACGUCGUUCAUCAGACAUGAGGCUAAUAAAGUUUAAUAUUAAUUUAAUCCAAUAGAGUUUUUGUUUUAGUCCAAGGUAUUUAAAAAGAAAAGGUCAUCCUAAAUCUGGUAAGAUGAAUGUUUUAAAUGUGGUCAGAAAGAAGCAUAGAGAUUUCGCAGUUUAUUUCUGUACACUUCUAAUUACCUGUUACUGAUUAUUUACUUUUAAUAAUUCAUCUUUAUCAAACAUAUGUCUGUAUUUCUUUACCAAAUGUCUGACUGUAAAAGUGAACACCUGUAAUGAAACUUUUAUUAACAUAUUCGCUGAGCUCCAGACACCGGACGUGUAGUGUCAGGAGCCAUGUUGUGCAAACUGUUCAAUACAACAGAAUAAAACUGUUUACAAUACUG